AUGGCGUACACAAUGCGGGCAAUGGCGGGAGAUGCAGAGCGGCCAGCGGGAGAGUCCGGCGCAGUGGCGGUGGUGACGGUCUAUGGGUAUAGGUCAUGGUGGUUGCAGCAGGUCCGGACAUGCAGAGUCCGACAGGCAGAUCCGUUUUUGUUGAGUCAUGCGGUGGGAAUCAACUAUGGUAGGCUGGCAGACAAUCUGCCACCGCCAUCAAAAGCAGUGGAGCUUAUGAAGAGCAUUAACGCAGGCUAUGUCGAAAUCUACGAUGCGAAUCCUGAAGUCCUGAAGGCGCUGGCCAAUAGCAGCCUCCCUGAAGUUCCAGGCAUGGCCUCCAGCACUACCACUUCAGACCAAUGGCUUCGAACCAACCUUCUCCCUUAUUAUCCCCUCACCAAAAUCUCCAUCAUCAUGGUGGGCAACGAGAUUCUAUCAAACACCCAACUUCAGCCCUACCUUGUCCCGGCAAUGCAAAACAUGCACACCUCCUUACAGAAGUUGAAUCUAGACUCCUCCGUUAAAGUAACCACAUCCGUAGCCAUGGACGCCCUCUCUUCCUCUUACCCUCCCUCCAACGGCUCCUUCAGACCAGAACUCGCCAUGUCAGUAAUACAGCCCAUGCUCAGCUUCCUCAGUGCCACGGAUUCUUAUUUCUUCCUGGAUGUCUACCCUUUCUUCGCCUGGAAUUCCGACCCCGCCAACAUAUCUCUGGACUAUGUGCUCUUUGGCGAGAUAACCGCGGACGUAGUACAGGACGGCAUUCUGAGUUACUCCAUCAUGCUGGAUGCACAGCUGGACGCCGCCAUAGCGGCCAUGGCGACGCUGGGAUACGGUGAGGUGAAAGUGGUCAUUAGUGAGACGGGGUGGCCCACCAAUGGCGACUCAAGCGGCGCCACCGUAGCCAACGCCGCCAGCUACAACACAAGACUCGUCAGCAAGUUUUUAUCAAACAGCGGUAGUCCGCGUCGUCCGCAGACGUUCUUUCCCACAUUCAUCUUCGCCCUCUUUAAUGAAGGUCAGAAGCCCGGUGCCACCAUAGAGCGCAACUGGGGCCUCUUUUAUGCUGACGGAACACCAGUCUACGACAUCGAUCUCUCCGCCGGCGUGAUUAAAACUCUGGAGGCGUGGCGUCGUCGUCGUCGACUGUUUCUUGUCAAUUUGUUUGGGCGAUCAUUUUGUGCUCAACCAAUUUGCUUCUAUUAUUUAUUUUUUUAA